AUGAACGGCGGGAAGAGCGAGCAGCUGCGGUCCGCGCGGCAGAGCAUCAUCUCGUGCAGCGACCGCGAGGCGAACUGCACGGCGCGCAACACGGAGACCCUGGCGCUGUCAGCAGCAUCCGCGUGGAGCGGCAACGGCUCGGCGGUGGAUGCGUACCGGCUCGUGGAGCUCCAGCUUCCCGCCUCGGCCGCCCCAACGGUGGCGAUGGCACCCGAGGUCCCGCACCCCUAUCCCACGGUGGACGUGCCUGAUCACGCCCACUACACCAUCGGCUCCGUCAUCCUCGCCAUCGGCAUCACCGGCAUGGUCGGCAACUUCCUGGUUAUAUACGCCUUCAGCAGGAGUCGCAGCCUGCGGACACCAGCCAACAUGUUCAUCAUUAACUUGGCGAUCACAGACCUCCUGAUGUGCGUCACCCAGGCGCCCAUCUUCUUCACCACCAGCAUGCACAAGAGGUGGAUCUUUGGAGAGAAAGGCUGUGAGCUGUACGCCUUCUGCGGCGCUCUCUUCGGAAUCUGCUCCAUGAUCACGCUGACGGUGAUCGCCGUCGACCGCUACUUUGUCAUCACGCGGCCCCUGACCUCCAUCGGCGUGUUGUCACGGAAGAGGGCCCUCCUCAUCCUCAUGGCAGCCUGGGCCUACUCUCUGGGAUGGAGCCUGCCGCCAUUCUUCGGCUGGAGUGCCUAUGUCCCCGAAGGCCUGCUGACAUCCUGUACGUGGGACUACAUGACCUUCACCCCGUCGGUGCGAGCGUACACCAUGCUGCUCUUCAUCUUUGUCUUCUUCCUGCCGCUCUUCAUCAUCAUCUACUGCUACGUCUUCAUCUUCCGCGCCAUCCGCAACACCAACCAGGCGGUGGGGAAGGUUAACGGCAGCGUUCACAGUCACAGCAGCACUCGAGACUCUGUGAAGAACUUCCACCGGCUGCAGAACGAGUGGAAGAUGGCGAAGAUCGCUCUGAUCGUCAUCCUGCUCUACGUCGUCUCCUGGUCGCCGUACUCCACCGUCGCUCUCACCGCAUUCGCCGGGUAUGCAGACAUGUUGACUCCCUACAUGAACUCUGUGCCCGCCGUCAUCGCCAAGGCCUCGGCCAUCCACAACCCCAUCAUCUACGCCAUCACACACCCAAAAUACAGGAUAGCGUUAGCUAAGUACAUCCCGUGUCUCGGUGUGCUGCUCUGCGUUCAUCCUCGUGACCUCCGCUCAACCAGCAGCAGCUUCAUGUCAACGCGCCGCUCCACUGUGACCAGCCAGACCUCUGACAUCAGCAGCCAGCUGAGGCGGCAGAGCUACGGCAAGUCACGCCUCUCUUCCGCCUCCGACAGUGAAUCGGGUCUGACGGACACAGAGGCUGACCUGUCCAGUAUGGGCUCCAGACCAGCCAGCCGCCAGGUCUCCUGUGACAUCAGCAGAGACACCGCCGAGCUCCCCGACUUCAAACCCUCCUCCAGCUUCAAGUCCAAGAUGAAGAGCCACGACUCUGGUAUCUUCGAGAAGACGUCCUUUGACACUGAUGUGUCCAUGGCAGGAGCCAGUGAACGUGGCAGCAUCCCAAAUACGGAUUUCACAGAGGGCCACGUGAUGAGAGGCGCGAUUGGUCGAAUCCCGAGCAUCGUCAUCACCUCUGAGUCCAGCCCCUUCCUUCCCAUUGGACGAAAAGGUUCCUGCACUGCGCGCCCCAAGACAGCCAAUAACAACAGCACGGGGUCGGGGUCUGGGUAGAACGCCGCCCUCCUAGAAGACGAUCACCUGCAGUCACAUGACCAGCUCAUGUCCAGUCAGAGGUUUAGAAAUGUAGACGGGUUCACCUGAAGCUCAGACACAAAGUUAUUAGAAGAAGUAGGCUAUUCAUUAAAUAUUCGUAGUUCUAGAGAAGUUCAAGUUUUUACCAGAACAAAGAUUUUAGAUGGAGGAUUGUUUCCAAACCAAACCUGGAGCUUUUUGUUUUUGUUGCCAAUGAAAUGACAACAUGCGUCAUCACUUCAAGAGCAACUUAACACCUUGUUGAAGCUUGAACAUACACUUUACAUAAAAGAAAAAUGCAAUCCAGUUCAGUGCAAACCCCCACAGCUCUGACAGAUCAUCGCACCAGAGUCCCUCCAAAACAGCUCUGCAUUAGUGAAAAAUAUACAAAGCUAAAGCAGCCAGUGGUCAGGAUCAAGGCUUCGGAAGUUUUGAGCAUCAGACACUUCAUUCCCUGCAUUCAGGUGAAUUUUUAUGUACAAAUUUAUGGUUAUGUAAAGGAAAACACAAAAUUCAGACUGGAGCCUAUCCCAGCUGACAUUGGGUGAGAGGCAGGGUACACCCUGGACAGGUCACCAGACUAUCACAGGGCUGACACAUAGCGGACACAGUCACCAAUUGACCUGCGUGUCUUUGGACUGUGGGAGGAAGCCGGAGUACCCGGAGGAAACCUACGCUGACGUGGGGAGAGCAUACAGGCACAGAUGGGGUUCGAAUCCAUGGUGAGGGAACCUUCUUGCUGUGAGGCGACAAUGCUAAAUACUUCACCACCGUGCCACCAAGCACCCACGUUUCGUCAGUUGCAAAUGCACUUGUGCCCAUCUGCGCGCCCAUGGCUGUCUUAAAAUGAGGUGUGGUCAUGCACAUCGUUGGCAUAUUGCUGUUUUGAGGCAGCAGAAAGUGAUUGCGCCGUUGACCAACAAAACCCUGGUCUAAAGUCAGAAUGGCGCACUAUUUUUCUGCUGUUUAAAGGGGGCAUUAUUCAGAUAGUAAGAUGCAUCUACAUAGGCGGGUUUACAACAGGGGACCAGAUUUUUCCUAGUCAUCACUUCAAGGUCCACACAGUUUAAUAUAUUCAGAGUCAUGCUUGCGUCUGGCCAUGUUGUUGAGCUGGUUUUCUGUCUCUGUCAAGUAGUCACUCACUCUACAGCAGGAAACAGCACUUCAAAAGUUGGUAACCACUGACCUAGAAGACAGAAUUACUAUAUAAAUGUCAGCUGUUGCCAUGGAUACCAUAGACUAGCACCAGAUCCUAUAUUAUGGUAACUCAGAAAAGUAAAUUAAGUGUUAAGUUGCUCUUUAAAAAUGCUGUAAAUCACUGCUUAGACAAAUAAAAUAACCAUAAAAUACUUUAUCUAACCUUUAUAUUAAAGGCCCUGCACUGUGACACAGGUGUACUUAAUCUGUCUGAUUAGGUCUCUGUGUGUAGAGAGUACAAAGUGUCUGUGCUAAUAGGAGAACCCACGCUGUCCUGAUAAAGAGGCCCAAUCAGACGAGUGAAGUGGAAACACCUGUGUGGCUGUGUAAUGCCUCCGUAAGAAGCCAAACCUUUUUACUUUAACCCAAAGAAAAUCACGUUCCUGCACCUGAUUUCUUUUCCGCGAUUCAGAUGGAUACAAACACACAUGAUGGUUGUAUUUUCCUCUUCAGGUGAGCCCUUUACUUAAAGUAUUCUCAUGUUUCAGGAGACGUUAUUAAUGUGAGAUGACUGUUGUUGAAAUGAUGGACAAUUUUUUGCGGCGCACUAUGCGAUUUUUCUACAAAAAACAUACUGUGGUUUCCUGUUUGUGUUCUUGUUGUCUGUUGCUUCUUGAUUUAGUUAUCUGUGUGUUUCCAGCUCAGUCCUCUGCAGAGUCACGUGACAGGUUGAAAGUUUUUCUCUUAGUAAAUUUAAAAACUGAGAUAGUGUAUAAAGCCCAAAUUCAAAACUUUUAAUUUGAAAACCAAAGGCCUUCAAAUGCCCGUUUGCUCAACCCCUCACCUGAACAGAGAUUGUUCUGGCUUGGAGCUCGAACGGUUCAUUCUUUUGUUGCAGCACAAAAGACUGUAACUGGAGUUUGGUAUAAAUUAUACCCUGCAAUGUUUGUUGGUUAAAGGACAACAAUCGGGUCAAAACCAGAAACAACCAGCAAACAAAAAACUUUGAUAAACAUCCCUAAAUCCUAGUGUCAGACAAAAUGAGUUUGGAAAAGGAGAAACAUCUAAUUAAAAUUAUAAUUUUUAAUAAAGUAACUGAGUGAUAUUUUGGGAAAUCCUUUCACCACCAUUGGAAAUUUAUUUUUACUUUUUUUGAUGGAGCUAUGCCAGCAGUUUCCCCCUGUUUCCAGUCUCUGUGCUAAGCUAGGCUAAACACAUCCUGGACCUUCCUCUGUGCUGGACACACAGAAGCACUGAGUGUCCAUUCUGGCCAUUGUGACCACAGUUAGCUAGCUAUCGAAUGAUAACGUUAGCUAACAUCAGCUUGCUAGCUAACGUUACGUGCCAGCUAACGUAACGUGCUAGCUAACGUUAUGCUGCAAGUUAUUUCAUGCUUGUAUUAGCUAACGUUAGCUUGCUACCUAACACCAACAUUUGAGUGCUAUGUCCGCCCACACAUAAAUUCACACCACAAUAUCAGUGCGGAUUAAAAUAUGUCACUGUAGCUAGGAGAAAGGUAGCUAGCUAGUGAGCAUAACGUUAGCUAAUGUUAUGCUAUAAGUUAGCUUGCUAGCGAAUGCUAAUGUUAUCUAGCAAUACUAACCCAUUCACUAGCCAGCUACCAAAUCAUUACAGACCCAACAAAUAUUACUGACAGAUUUUAUUCAGCAAUAGUAUUGGUACUUAAUGCAAAAAUAUGUAUAACGAACAGGCUCCUUGUUGUCUCGAGCCACCAUGUUAAAUGUUGAUAAGUUUGCAACGUCACAAAGAUGGUGACUGUUGAGGGUGCAAAGUGUCCAUCAUUCCACACUCAACUUUUGGACCAUUUUUAGCGCGCCAGUACUUUCAUUAAGUUAGUAGUACGGAUGUAUGUGAUUUGGGACACGCUGUAACUGUCACACCCCUGAACAGCAACACCAAAGGAGGAGAAAUUAACACUGAACCCACACAGGUCCAUCCUGACUCCCUAUGUGCUUCAACCUUCCAUUAAUCCAGAACAGUACUAUAAUAUUGUCUACAUUUUUUCUUCCACAGAUAUUCUGUACUGUAGUAACCAGAUGCAACCUGUCUCAAAUGAAAAACACAGCACCCGAACCGUUCAGCUUAGUCAAAUAAUUUGAAAAAAACAACAAAAAAAUGGCGGUAACACUGCAUGUCUCACUCUAGAGCUGCUCUAAAUCACCACAGGGGAAAUUCCUUCACCCUGACAGCCCUAUUACCAAUUAUCGGAUUUUCCAAAAUGUCCGACUGAAUCAAUUAAAAUGUUUCUCCUUAUCUCAGUGAAUCCCGAAAGCCCUGAGGCCUGCAAGCGCACUUUUAUUAAGUAAAGAUUUUAAAUGUUUGUGUUUUUCUUUCUGUUUGUGUUUCUUUCCUUCUUUUUUCUUGAUUUGCAUAUUUGAAGUGUGUAUUUUGCUGAAAGGCAGUGUAGUGGAAUGUGAUUGUGAUGUUGUUGGUGUUAGUGCGGGGGGGUGAAAAGGGCCAUAAUUGUUGAUUGUAACACAGCUCUUGAUAGGCCCAUCUGACCUGUUGGUCUGUGUAAAGUUAUUUGUACAUUACCCAAUUUCUAUUUUAAUGUGUCUAUCUAUAUAUAUAUAUAUAUUACAAAAAAACAGAUGACGACUCAUUUUGUCAAGUUUUCAGCCAGGCAACAAAUGUUAAAGUAACUUGAACAAAAACAGAUUAGCAAAAAAAAUGUUUUAGGAGUUAAACUGUGCUGUAAACACUCUGUUUUCUUGGUAAACUGACCUUUAUCUGAACUGAAACAAACUGUUUAAGCUGCUAAAUUGUACCAACAGAUAGAUAACCGUAAUUACGAUAAUUUAGCUGCUAAAUACGGCUGACCUGAAUACCACUUUAGGGGCUUUGAAGCUUCAGUGAUAAUUACCUGUGAGUUCUCAAAGCUUUGACGAGACACGGCAGGACUCAAUCACAUAUACACUCACUGGCCACUUUGUUAGGUACACCUGUUCAGUUGCUUAUGAACACAAAUAGCUAAUCAGCCGAUCACAUGGCAGCGACUCAAUGCCUUUAGGCAUGUAGACAAAACAAACCUGCUGAAGUUCAAACCGAGCAUUGGAGUGGGGAAGAAAGGUGAUUUAAGUGACUUUGAAUGUGGCAUGGUUGUUGGUGCCAGACGCACAACCAUCUCUAGGGUUUACAGAUGGUCCGAAAAAGAGAAAAUAUCCAGUGAUCGGCAGUUCUCUGGGUGAAAAUGCCUUGUUGAUGCCAGAGGUUAGAGACAAGGAGUUCACUGUAUUCCAAUGGCCUCCAGAGUCACCAGAUCUCAGUCCAAUAGAGCACCUUUAGGAUGUGGUGGCACGGGAGAUUCACACCAUGGAUGUGCAGCCGACAAAUCUGUAGCAACUGUGUGAUGCUGUCAUGUUGAUAUGGACCAAAAUCUCUGAGGAAUGUUUACAGCACCUUGUUGAAUCUGUGCCAUGAAGAAUUAUGGUAGUUCUGAAGGCAAGAGGGGUCCAACCCGGUACUAGCAAGGUGAACCCAAUAAAGUGGCUGGCAAGUGUAUGCAUAUUAACCUGAAACCCGAGCUAACUUUAUUAGGACUUAGCACUGCUGCAUGUGUGUGUGAGAGAUGAGAUGGUGGAAGGUGGACUAUUGCAUGCAAUGUUUCUGUAUGUUCUCAAUAACUCAGAAAGCUGCAUGUCGGGCCUCAUCAAUAGAUACAAAGCAAGUGCUUCACUACAUUCGGCAGACACGGAUGACUGUCCACAAUUCGUCUCACUUCCUUUGCCUCGUCAGACUGCCCAUUUAAUGCUUUAUCGAGGGUCGAUGACUACACUGAGGAUACAGGCCUCAUUUGUGCCUUGACAGUCGCCAACACUUUUCAGUUUCCUACACCAUUUUAGUGGCAAAAAAAGACAAGACAAAAAUCGAAGCAUUCUAAUACUGAUCUGGACUCUGAUUACCAUGGCCACGACUGAAGCUUUGAAGCGUUGAAGAAUUCGGGUCAGCCCUACUGCUCAUCUAAACUAGAUGCUGCUUUCACAGCAUUGGAGUUUUAAAUGGUUGUUAUAUUCACAUAUUACCAGGUCUUCAAACUUAUACUUCUUUCUGAAGCCUGCAGUAACACAAACCUUCACCUUUAUAUCAGUGUAACUAGUUUCCUGAUCAUUCCUCUGAGCAUUUCAAUGCAGACAGCACAGUGUAAUACAGACAGCACAGACAGCACAGUAUAAUACAGACAGUACAGUAUAAUACAGACGGUACAGUAUAAUAUAGAUGGUACAGUUUAAUACAGACAGUUCAGUACGAUGCAGUAAAUGUGUUGACAGUAAUGAUACUGAAUAUAAAUGCAGGUGUUUGUUAUAUUAGU